AUGAGUGUCAUGGCUUCUGCGGCGCCCGCCCAACAGCAGGCUACCGCUCCUCACUGUGCACUUCUGCCCCGUCCCUACCCCACCCACACCUUCGCUGUUGGCGACCUCCUCACCGACCUUCGUCACCCGACCACCACCACGCUUCGCACCGAGGCUCUCAGCACUAAGGAUUAUGAUGAUACUCGCAUGACGGCCUACUACAAGGACGUCGCCUCCAUCUCGCCCGCCACGGGCAACUUCACCCGCUCUCUGGGCGGCGAGCUUCUCAUCAAGAAGCCGAAGCGUGCCCACACGCGCUUCUGCAGCAUCUCUGCCGAGAAGGCUUCCGUGAGGGCCCUGAAGGACCCCUUCGGCGCCUUCGAGAAGAGCGUCAAGGCCCCCGAGGCCAGCUCAUGGCUGCUCCGCGCCGCCAACACCCACAGCCAGCUCUACUGGGUUGCGGCCGUCCGUGAAGUCACCAACGCGAGCUACGCUCACGCCGCCACUGCCGAUGCCGGCAACGGUCUGGUUAGCGUGCGCCGCACCAGCUUCUCGGAGCAGCAGGCGGCCGACGAGCCGCAGGAGGACGAGAACGGCGAUGUCGACGGCGACGCCAUGCGCGCCAAGAUGGGCGGCUUCCGCCGUCGCGAUUCGGCUUUCGAGGAGCCCACGCGCACCAAGACUGACGUCCUGGGCGCCGAGAUCCGCGAGUGCCGCAUCAAGGUCGUCCAGGACACGGCCGGCUCGCCGACCAGCCCCAUGGACCGCCGCGCCAGCAUGCCGCGCUGGCGCUGGACCUACGUCACGGCCACCGACGAGAAGGGCCAGGAUGUCCAGCUCGCCGUUGGCCUCGGUGCCCCUCUUGACCAGGAGGAAGUCGCCGACCUCUGGGAGGAAGGCGAUCUCGAAGAGGAAGAGGAAGAGGAUGAUGACUGA